UUAAAAUUCUCUGCUCGUCCACAGAACGCCAGCUCUCAGCGACACGCAGCUCAGUGCUGGUGUUCAGCAUGUUCUCCUCGGGAUCAGUGAGCGGGAUCGGCGGCUGCUUGCGCUUCGCCUCCUGUCUGCUUCAGUGUUGGGGGCUGUAAUCAGAUGUGUGAGGGGGUCGAGGGGGCGGAGCUUUCCGGAUAGUCCGGUGGCUCCCCCGGGGGGGACGUGCUAGCCGUGGCCGGGGUCGAGACACUAGAGCCGGGCAAAGUCGCUCUGUCACACCGCGAGGGGCAACAUGUGCGCGGCGUCUGUACGGUGACACACACACACACACACACACACACACGCUCCGUUCCGCCCCGGAGAGGCGAGCUGAGCCCACCGGAGGAGCCCCGAGUCGCAGAGGAUCUAAAGGAUACGAUGCUGCCAGACGUCCUGCCUCGUUCCCUGCGUCCCUGAUCCAUUCUCUCCUGUCAGGAUAAGAGAACCAUGAGCACUGUGGAGGAAGAGCCGGACCACAUGAUACCAUGAAGAGAAGCCUGCAGGUCCUGCCCAACCAGCUGCUGAGUGUUCUUCUGAUUCUGUCAGUGCCGGAGAGGCUGGUAUCCUUCGCAGAGGAGCUCUACCCCAGCUGGACCCCCCGGAGCUCCGUCUCCAUGGUAACAACAAGCAGGGCCCUCCCCAUGGUCCCGGUGAGACUUGCUGACUGGAUCCAGACGCAGACGCCGACCCCCAGCCAGGAUCGGCCCAUUCUCGACAGAACUACUGUUGGGCCAAGUCCUGGAGACCAACUCCUUGGAACCAGGAUCCAGCAACAUGGGUUAAACUCUGCUGGACCCCAGUCUAACAGAACCAGCUCUGGUUCUGUCUUCACAACAUCCCAGGUCCAGAACUCCAGCACCAACUCGGCAAACCUGCCCAGUAAGCCUUUGCCUAUAAGCAAGGGGCCAGGGAGCAGGACGGAUCACACCGAGGUGGUCAGGCGAAAGCAGACAGGAGUUACUGGUUCAGACUCUGCUGGCUCUGCUCUCUCAGGGACUGGCAAUGAUAUGGCCCCUGUGGCUAGGGGGCCCCAGAGCACAGAGUCUACCCAGCAAGGGGCCCCAACAGAAAGAGGGGACACCUUGCACCAGGGGCUGGCAGGUGGGGAGCGUCAUGCUAUUACACUGCGCAAUGCGCCCCCACUUAACAAAGGCCCCGCACUCCUCACUACCAUCCAGCCCAAGCCCUCGCAUCCUAGUCUGGCCUCAAAUCUGGCCACAACCACCACCCCCAGCUCUGAAACAACGACCAAGACAUCCCCCUCCUCUCCUUCCGUGGUUGCUGGCACGUCUGGCAGUGCAACAAAGACUGUAGGGGGCACUCAAGCACCAACCAACAUGUCCACUGACACUGACUCUUUCUCCCCACGGGGUAAUGCAAGAGGCUCCUUUAACAGCAGUGAAGGUGCGUCAGGGAACGUUCUGCUGCCUCAAAAUGACUCAAACGCCUCUGAGUCGACCUCCACUGCUAACGGGAGCUUCCAGAGCAGUGUGGUUCCUGGCACCGCACGAGGGCCCCUGGGCACAGGGAACCAGUCAGGCCCCACUGUGGACUCUCCCGACACCAGCACCACCAUCUGCCUGGGCAAGAUGGAUAUCAUAUGGGUGGUGUUGGCCAUCAGCGUGCCUGUGUCUUCUUGCUCUGUGCUGCUGACGGUGUGCUGCAUGAGGAAGAAGAAGAAGUCCGCCAGCCAGGAGAACAACCUGAGCUACUGGAACAACGCCAUCACCAUGGACUACUUCAGCCGCCACGCUGUGGAGCUCCCGCGCGAGAUACAGCCGCUGGAAACUGCUGAUGAGCAGGAGACGUGUCUGCCCCCUAAUGGCGAUUACAGCGACAGCGGCGUCGUGCUGGUUAACCCUUUCUGCCAAGAGACUCUCUUCAUCAACAGAGACAAGGCCUCCGACAUCUGAGCCUCUUUAAACAGAGCCGGAAUCUCUCUGGCCUCCCGCCCGUCUCCUCUCUCCUUCUCAAAGGUGUUUUUUAUAAUGUGGUGGACCUUCAGAGACUGUGCUUUAUAUAUGAUAUAUAUAUGAUAUAUAUGAUAUAUAUAUAUACACACAUAUAAACUGGUUUUAAAGAGAUGAAUGAAUAAGUCAAAAGCACUCUACCGUGAGGGUGAGCCCUUCACAUAUUUUUCUGAUGUACAUUUUCUACAGAUGCUUAAUUGUGAUAAGGGUUUUUAUGUCUUUUUGAAUCAAAAUGGUAUGUGUGUGGUUUCCGUGGCGUUCAAGUGGCUUCGGCGGAGAGUGGAACGUAGAGAAACGCGAUGUGUGCUGUUAAAAGAUGUUUGCAUGAUCUUGCCCAAAACACUUAAGCUGAUUACUUAAAGGAAUAGUUAGGCAAACUCAGUUGCCCCCUAGUUCAGAUGUAGUCGAUAGGACAGGGCAUGUUUUGAGGUCUGAAUUGACCCUGAAAGCAGGAGGAGGGUGGACCACUGUUGGCCCGCUGACGGCAAAGCUGGUGGUCCCCUGGCGUUUUGCUCAGCGUCUUCUGAGCGGCCCACCGGUGGUUAAGCAGAGUCAAAUCCACUUCCACAAAAUUCCACUUAUCCUAGCUGUUUGUACAAUUUGUCUUAGUUUAUUUAUCUAAAAUGAAAAGCGCUGUGAAUUUAAUGUGAGUCUGCAUGCAAGACAAUAAUCUGGGGGGUCCGAGGGUGGACCAGCAGUGGCGGGGUGCCGAGCUUAUCAAGCCAGCAGACCGAUAUAUGCUCGCUGUCUGGGUAGCUUCUUUAGCUUUAGUUACCUGCAGCUACCGGGCUAGUAUAGCCAAAUAGUAAUGGAAGCUUAUACCCCUCUAAUAAACAUCUUGCACAUCGUAUUCCUAAAUGCUUAUGUAGGCGUGUAGGGGUGGGCAAUAUUGCAGAAAUAUAGCAUCACAAUACUUGAA